AAUCAAAAUGGAGUCGCACAACAAAAAAUUCUCAUGAAAUAUGCCAAGAAGGAAAAAUGGGGAAAUUCCCCUACCGGAAGGCUGGGAAGAGGGUCGGGACUUUGAUGGAAAAGUGUUUUAUAUAAACCAUACCACUCAACAAACCACAUGGAUUGAUCCAAGAGACAGAUACACAAAACCACAGACAUUCUCAGAUUGUGUAGGUGAUGAGUUACCAUAUGGUUGGGAAGAGGUGUAUGACCCUCAGAUUGGUGUCUACUAUGUAGAUCAUACUAACCAGACAAAUCAGUUAGAAGACCCCCGUCAACAAUGGAGGAAAGAGCAGGAGGUGAUGCUGAAAGAUUAUCUUGUAACAGCCAAGGAUGAUCUUGAGGCAAAGAAGGAAAUAUACACUGUAAAAGAACAGCGUCUUCAGCUUGCCCAGGAUGAGUACCAAUAUCUACAUGAUACUUUAACUGGCUGGAAAUCUUCAAGAACUAGCUUGAACUCCAAUUCGAGUGUUGGGAGUACAAAGUAUGAUCCUGAUCUGCUGAAGGCUGAUGUGAACUUGGCUCGUAAACGUGUUGACAGACUCCGACAUGAGCUUGCUCAGAUACAUGCCGAGAUGCAGUACAAACAGAAAGGUCUUGAUACCCUGGCUAUGGUUGACCAGAAGUUGUCCGGCCAAGGUGCAGGGUACAGCAUUGAUGAAGCCCGGGAAAUUAUGGAUGAAAUGAGAACCAUUCAAACUAGUCUUCAUUCUGGAGAAAGAGAAAGGCUUGAACUUAUGAAGGCUUUGGCAAGACUGAAGGAAGAUUUCCUAAGAACUAAGAUUGGAGGCUCUUCCCCAGAUGUGUCAACCCUGUCACUUUCACUUGAAAAAUCUACAACUGCUUCUCAAACAGAUCUCCGUGGAGAGUUUGGUUUGACAAGCAGCCGGUACCUGGCAGAGAUCACACGUCUUCGUCUCCAGUAUGAUGAAGCCAAGCACCGGCUCUCUCAGCUUAAACACAUGCUUGCUGAUCUUGAGGAUGAUAUGGUUCCUGGCCAGAACGAGUCGGACAAAGACAGGCUUCUUCUUGUACAAGAGAAGGAACAGCUGUUACGAGAGUUACGUAGCAUUGACCCAAAAGGUCGGUCCCCCGAGGAGAUAGAGAAUGUCAAUUUACGCAUACAACAACUAGGAAUAGACCUCAAUCAUGCCAAAGAAAUCUCUAAUAAACAAAUUGCAGAAAGGUUGAAACAUCAAGAAAGAAAAACUGAAAUAUUGAAAGAUUUAGCCGAAACCACCAAGAAAACUACCAUGUUAGAAUCACAGCUAAAAAGUAUGUCGAUGAGCACAUUGUCUAUAUCUUCGGGCUCUAGUCUUGGCAGUUUAGGCUCACUAGGGUCUCUAUCAGAAAGCAGCAGAGGUUCUCUAUCUUCUCUUAGUUUAACAGACUUGUAUGGAGCACCUAGUUCCAGCAGUACUAAUCUUCAAGAGCUACAUCGAAGGGUAGAAAAACUGUUACAGGGACAUAGCUCUAGUAUAUCUCCGAUACACGAGAACCCUGUUGUGUCGGUAGCACCAGACAUUAUGGCUGCUGCCACCGGAGGAUAUUUACAAAGUGUGCUAGGCCAUAGUAAUCAGGACCUCACUUCCGGUUUAACUUCUAAUGUGCCAAGUGCAAGUGUUAGUGUGAAUAUACCAUCAUCGUUAGUGACUGCAUCGCCUCAUUCUUCAUUAACAUCGUUAUCACCUCCCGUUUCACCGUAUGACAUUAGUCCAUUUCCGACAUACGAAGCCGGUCCGCCGCCAACAUACACUCAGCACAUGAACAUUAAUGUGCCAAAUAUUUCAAAACCUCCACCCCCUUAUGUCCCCCAGGGACGCAUGGCCCCAACCCCUCCAUUUAGCAGCAGUGUAAAUAAUGCAAACAUUACUCCCUUUGUACCUCAAGUCAACAGCAACCAAUCAAAAGUGGCAUUAGAGGCUUCGUUUAUGCCCACUCACUCAAAAUCAGACUCCUCCAGCAUAGGUGGCCAAAUGAGCUUUAACACCAAUAGUGGCUAUUCUGUUGUGCAUUCUCAUGGAUUAGAAACUAGUGUAAACUCUGACCAAGUGUUAAAUAGCAAUAUUUCAAAACGGAUUCAGUAUCCUGAAAAUUUGGACGUUGCAUCGAACCCACCGCUUAGUCCGAUCAGUGAAAGUAGUUCUGGUGUGGGCAAUAAUUUAUCAGGAGGGAAUACUCGCAGUGUUUCAGCAGCUGUUAGUGAUGAAUCUGUUGCUGGGGAUAGCGGAGUGUUUGAAGCUGUGGUGAAGAGAGAUCAUAUGUUGGAUGAGGUGCUGGAGAUGGGAAUGGAGAGUGCUCAAAUACAAAUCAAACUUAAAUAUGAGACAUUAGAGAGUCUACUUAAUGUUGGAAUAGAACAGGCACGAAAUCUUGCAGCAUUACAGUUCCCUGAAUCAUCCAAAGUAUGUAUAAAGGCAGCAUUACUUCCCAACCCUGAUAUGUCUUGGGUGACAGAACCCUCUUCCGAUCUAAAGAACCCAAAGUUUAGUGAACUCUUCCGUAUCAGCAUUCCACAACGUAUUUUAUUUACCAAGACCCUCCAAGUGAACAUCUGGUGUCUUCAAGACAAUCGACCAGAUGAAUGUUUUGGUUGUGCUUCAGUAAGUCUAGCAGACUUUGAUCCAAAGGAUGUGAUAUCUAUUAGAUGGUACAAUGUUCUUAGCUUUAAAUUUAUGCAACCUGACACGAACUCCAUACAAUCUAACACCAGUGUGCCUAGUAAAAAAUCUUCAUCUAGUAGUGCAGAUACUAUGGGAGAAAAUGUUACCAUCACCUACAGUCAAACAGAAACAGUGCGGCAGACAGAGACCACUCAGUUUAAGGAGUCUUCAGUUAGCAGUGACAAGGUUACUAGACUGUUGGAAGCAUCAUCAGCAAGACUACGAGACCGUGAGAAAGAAAGUCAUUACAGAGUGCACCCUGUAGUCUCCUCAUUGAAGGAAGAAAGUAGUGACGAGUCGACCAUCAUCUCUUCCCAGACUUCCACGCUAACAAGGAACCAAGGUCCAGAUGAGAUGAGUGAUCAUGCUGACGAUACACUCAAACUUGGCAAUGAAUUCGGUAUGGGAGAUCCUGAUGAGGAUGAAAUAGAAGAUGAUGAUGACAUGGAUUAUACAGGUUUGAAUAUGGUUGAAGAUGUUAUACGAGGGUUUGAGAAGACAUUGGAGGGUAUCUGUUCAAGUGAGGGCUCCACAGAUCAGGAUGAUCCCUUACGUACAGAGACCUGUGACAAGGAGACAAACACUCUUAAUGUACGGCAGCAAGUUGCAGAAUCAAGUAGAAAGUCACAGGGUUCUGAAGGUCGUAACAGUGGUAUACGAAGGUCACAAACAUUUUCACCUGCUUGUGGACCUGGGGCUCACUAUAUAUGCAAGCUGAACAGAAGUGAUAGUGACAGUUCCAUGCCACUGUAUAAACGAGGACCUUUCCAGAGGAAUUCUCUACAAAGGAGAAGUCUUAGAUGGAAAAGAACCCCAAGCAGUGUUGGGUUAAGAGGGGGUAAGGUUGUGACUCGAACAUCAUUGGAUAUGGAGCUGGAUCUCCAGGCAUCACAGACACGAUUGUUACAUCUGAAUGACGAGAAUUCACGACUGAGAGAACUUACAAAGAAAAUAGAAGAGGCCAGAGCUAGAGGGGAGACAGAGCUGCCUGCCUGGCUAUCAGAUGAUGAACACUUUCAGAGUCUGCUUAGUGAAGCAGAUAAAAUGACAUGGAAAUUAUUUCAAGAACAUAUACUGGAACGUCAACGGGAGGAAAUGGGCCAAAUGACAAAGCAAGAAAGACGGGCUGAACAGUUGAUGAAGAGAGUUACACGAGACGUACACCGGUUAAAACGUAACCAUCCCAACGCACUCACUACUUCAUUUAGAAAUUAUCAAGAUCCAGUGGGAGAAACUGGCAUACAUUACUACAGUCAACAUGCAGGUCCCUGUGAUACCUUCAGAUGGCGGCCAAUCUGAGGACAAUAAAGUCCAGGAACUCCUUAAAGAUGGCAGAGUGGGACAUGAGGUGUGAGAGUAGUCAGGGGAGACCAUCACUAUAUCUCAUAACAUGUUCAGGGGACACUACUCUUACUGAACUCCAUACAGGAGAGUCAACUCACCAUAUGGCAAAGACUGUCUUCAAUUAAAUGCCUAAGAACCUCAGUAAGCUGAAGUUUGGAGCUAUCAGUGGAAAUCUCUUUUGAAGACAAACAUGGCAGAAAUAUAGUAUUAUCAGCAAAGUAAAAAAAAAGUGGACUGGCCAUGUGUAUGGCAGUAUCAGAAGAAAUUGUACCAAAAAAAAACAACAGUUCAACAAAACAUGCAUAUACUGUUUUGUAGAAGGUACACAUGUAUGGAGAACUUGUGUCAGUGUGAGCACAGGAAAAACAGUGACAUGUUAUAGUGAAUUCAGUAUCUAUAACAUACACCUGUCCAAAUGCUCAGUUCUCGAUAAAGUUCUUAAAAAUAUUUUGAAGUUAGAAAACUGUUGCAUAGAAAAUCUACUCCAGAUUGUUCUUUUGUUGCUCGGAGGCCAGAGGAUACAAAGCAGAGUUUGGAACCACUUGUGUAACUAGAGCCUCUGAUUGGUUGGUUCUGGACUGGUGUGACAGUCAAUGAUAUCACCCUGGAACAGAUACAAGAUACACAUAUUUUUUAGUUUAUAGCCAAAUUAUUAUAUCAGUACAAAUUUAAACUUAAAAGUGAACCUAGACAUUAUCCAGUUUGUCACUCAAAAAAGAGAUGUUUAUGGUAAUGCAGUGGCAUACAGUCCCGAUGGCUACUACAAAUCAAUUAUUUUAACUACUUUGAUGUAAAGCAACAGAAACUAUAUAUCACUAUUAAAAGGUCUAAGAUUUUUUACAAAUCAAAAUAUCUCAUUUUGUCUCAACUUUCAAUGUAAGUUACUAAAAUAUAAUAUUUAGCCAUACUGAUAAGCACAUACACAGAUAUACUUGCUUCAUCAAACUUAUAGUAUUAUUAGCAACUAAAAUCAUAGCUUCAUACUACAAACACGUAAAUAGGACAUGAUACCAGAUCUAAAGUAUUAAGGGCAUUUAGUGCUCUAUGAUGUCCUAGACACACACCUGCUGAAAACACAUCUGGUUUCGACUGACUGCCAAUAUAUUUCAAUUCAGUUUGGUCAAAUGUAUUGAAAUGUAUACUGUAGGCUUACUUAUUUUAGCGGUGUAUACUAAUAACAACGCUUUUAGCCCUAUCAAACGUGCGCUAAUUCAUGUCCGCGCAUUAAUUUGUUCAAGCAUUUUCAUGUACAUUUUCAUUGGAUGAUGUUUUCUUCGAACUUUUGCAAAUAAAUACUCUCGAGAGUUUGCACUAGUUACACUGCUUGCUAAUAUUUUAAGGUUCGUAUGAUAUUCCUGUUUAUUGUUCAUAUUAUUAUUUAAAUAUAUGGUCAUGCAAAAUAAAAUAUUUAAGCUUGUAGUUUGUGUUUUUUCUCAUUUGAUCAAGUUGUUAUCGAUUUUCGUAUCACCUUCGGGCAUGUCCGUUGUUGCAGUCGCUCGUUUAAGGAAAGGUGUGAACGUUUGUAUUAAGACAAAAUGCAUGUUGGACAAAGGGGAUUCAAUGAUUAAAAUGUGUGACAAUCUCGUUUUAUUUCAGCAAUUAUAACUAGUAUACAGAAUAUAAAACACGCAGAUUGUUAUAAUUAAAUACAAGAAGACAAUACAGUUACGUAGGCAAUAUUACACUUUAUAAACUGUACGUAAACAUAAAGCUACAUCACAGAAAACUGUUGAAAGUAUCAUUGAAAAAAUACAAGUAUCAUCACGGCACACUAUCUUAAAGUCAUUCUUGGUACAUGUUUUAAAGUUUUUAGCCGACGGAUUUUUUCGAUUGCGUCCAUUAGACCUGUAAGGCGCCACCCUGUCAUGACUGAUUCUUUUUUUCCCAUUUCUGUGUGCAUCAACCAGCCAGGCAGCAUGGACAGGUUUUAUUCUACUGAUUUUUUUACUCAAAUAUUUACUAGUAGUAGCUAGUAUUCACAAUAUAUUCACUGACCAAUUACCGCAUUUUCGAAAGAUUUACGGUAUAACACUAAUAAGUAAAUAAUUUAAAAUAAAUCGUACUUUCUUUAGCCCGCUAACAGUGAAAAAUGUUGAUUUCAUAAUCAGUAUGAUGUAUAAUAACAGCAGAAACACAUUACAUAAAAAUUGCCGACGGUUUGGUUUAUUUCUGAAAAUCUUCGUGAAUCUCCGUAAACCUCCGAGAGCCUCAUCUCGGACAGCACUAAAAUUAGAAAUUAGCGGUCUCGCGAGAGCGCUAAUUCACGUCCACGCAUUAAUUAGAUAUUUCACCAAAAAUUGCGUUUGCGCUAAAUUUUUGCCGCGCUAAUAAAUGUACGCCUACAGUACACAUUUUCUUUCAUUUAAAAAUCAAGUGAUCACUGUUCAUGGUAGUAGUACAAAAUACGGAUAUAUAAACCCCACUAUAUACAGCUCUGAAUUACAUAGUAUCCAGCAGUUACGAUAUUUCAUAAUGAUCUCUUUAAUUUAUGCAUACCUUAAAAGAUAACCAUUUUCACUUGUAGAUAACUUUAUUUCUGUGAAGUUACAAAUGCUGAGUAACUGGAAACUUUUUAAGGAAAAAUUAGUCAGGACAUCUAAAGGCACCAAGUGUAAAUAUUGUAAAGUUAUCAAUAUUUAUGGAGAACUUAGAUUCCAUGGUCUAGUUAAUCCACAACAUUUAAUCCCAGUGAACAAAAUGAAUUUUAAAUUCAAUUUAUGUUCCAAAAAUUUCCGAGAAAUAGCCGUUUCAACCAAAACUACAAAAUUUUGUGUCCUUGAAAUAGUAUGAUUUGACUGUAUGGAAAUGUUCCAGCAUUUUAGUCCUAAAUCAUUCCUGGACUACACAUUUACCAAACAUUUAUAAAAUUGUAAGUAAGUACAUAAGGGUGAUCUCAUCAGAUGGAAAUGGUAAGAAAACUUUCAGUAGCACAAAAAAUCUUUGUGUUUUACAAAAUACAUGCAAUAGUCAGUCACAUACAUGGUCAUAUUUUUAUAGUUUAUCAAAAUAUGUCGCUAACCUGAAACAAAUAUCAAACACUAAACACAGUAGCAUUUUAAUUAAUGCAUCAUAUGUUUCACCAAAUGUUAUUCAAGGUAGUUAAGUUUUCAGAUUAUUUAUUACUAACAUUUGAGGGUAAUAUUUCAGUUAGUUUAGUUUUAGUUUAGAUCUGCAAAAAUAAAAAUUGCUGUUUAAAAAAGUACUCCACAUUUUAGGCCAGUAUAUGUAUAUGAUUUUGUUUUGUUAAAUGUAGCUUGGACUAGAAGAUUUAAAACGCACAGAAUUAUUUACCUGUAACAUGGUAAAAAAUAUCCUUUGAAAAGAACAUUGUUUUACUUUUUUUCAAAACAAAAAAAAAAGUUUUUGAGCAUGAUAUGCACACUGUAUGGGUUUAGUUUUAAUCUACAAAUUUGCACAAUAGUAUAUGUGCAAAGGUAAACGUUUUCCUGUUUUGCACAGCCUACAAUGUUUAAUACAAAACAUGUUUAAUUGUACUGACUUCGGUGGAUUAGGUAAAAUAAUUAUGGUAAUUUGUGUUUGGUUCCCAUUGUAAAGUGGUUAGUGCCACCUGUCGUGUUCCUCCUUUAUGUGGGAAAGAUAUCAUUUGACCAAAAUUGUGUCAGCAUAACUCAAAACCAACAAAAACAAAAUUACAAUAUUUAUUACAACAGUUAUAAGAUAUGUUUUCUACCUUUGAGGGUUUUUUUUACAUUUAGAAGGAGAAAUAGAAAAGAAAAAUAAUCAGAUUUACAUUGAAGUCUAUAUUUUUUCAGAUGUAAAACUAGUUUUGCUUCAACCUAGAUAAGGCAGAUUGCUAUCAUUAAAUAAAAGUAGAGAGCAGAGUACAUUUAAUCAACUUUACUGUGAUUUUAGAUACAAUGUAUAUAUUGUAAUGACAUAUACCAGCAGUUUAUAUGUUUUAUCAGUAAUAAAGAAGUUGCAGUUUUAUAUGUGUAUGGGUUUGUGUAAGAUUUCCUUCUUUAUUUCAAUAAAUGUCUGAAGUUUCAGAAUACGAGAGAGUGCAAGCUUUUCUCAUAAUCUCAGAAUAUGUUUUCUUUUAAAUAACUGUACCGUAGAGUCCAAACUUAAGUACCGGAGAGUUCAAACUUAAGUACCGGAGAGUUCAAACUUAAGUACCGGAGAGUCCAAACUUAAUGUUUAAAAUGUGUAGGUUUACAUGGCGCAAGCUAUCAGAUUCAAGUCUGCAGACAAUUUUAGUAGGGUUGGCUUUUUUCUGUUACAUCACAUAUAAACACAUCAUUUUUAAUGUAAUGCCAAGUAAUGAAUAAUGCCACAGUUUUAGCCUUAAGAUAAUGCUAAUUUAAUGCCAUUGUUACUAAUGGUAUGCUUAGUAUUACUGCUGCAUUACUUUAGAGAAAAAGACAAGUGUUUUUAUAUUAAGAAAACCUCUGUAUACACCCUAAGUAGUUGAAAUGUAUAAUGUCAUUACAAGGAUUUUGUUGAAAGGAUAAACCUUUAAGUGAUGUUGGAUCUUAAACUAAAGUAAGUUACAGUUACCCAGUGUUGGUACAUGUGAUGCCAUAUUUGACAUAAUAUAGUUAAUGAUGCUAUGAAAUAAGGAAGUUGAAAUAAUGCUAAUGCAUACCAUUGUAUGCUAUUUUCUAAUUUAAUGCAUUACUUUGGAAAACUGAUAAUGCUAAUUUAUGCAUCAUUUUGGAAAAAAAAGUAAUGCUAAUACUAAUUUAUGCAUUGUUUUGGGAAAAACUGCUAAUAUUAAUUUAAUACAUUACUUUGGGGAAAAGAGUAAUACUAAUUUAAUGCCAAAGACCAACAAUUUAAUGCAUUACUUUUAUGUGUAAUUGACCCCAUUUCUUAAUUUGUGCAGACAUUUGUUGUUCUGUAAAGGGAUUUACUACAUGUACACAUACACAUGUAAAAUGGCCACCACUAAAGCAUAUUCUACAAAGAUUUCACAUGGUAUGGUUAGUCUUAUGUCAGAUGAAAAAUGUAGUUUUUAUAGUUCAUUGCCAGUGAUAUUUGUUGAAGGGUUUGCUUUAUUCACACUGGGGAUGUGAUGUGAAUAAUUUCUUUGCGGUGCAUAUAUGUUUACACAAUCUAGACCAAAUCAUGUGUACAAUUCCUUUGUCAUUGUUAUUUUGGAGUGUUAAAGAUAUUAUAAUAUAUUUUACUAUAAAGCUGGAAGUUUUACAUUGUGAUAUUCAUAUUGUACGGCCAGUUGACCUGGUUUUCAUGUUUUUAUCACAGUUCUGUGCUUUUUAUACAAAAUUAUGUGUCCUUCACAUAUUGCAUAACAUCAAUUUUUAGUGACUCACUUGUGUAUGUCAUUUUAAAAAAUACCAAUGACGAAAACUUGUAAACCUUUUCAUUAUCGUAAUUAUUACAGUUUUGUUUUGAUCUUUAAUGGCUGUCUAAAUUCAGGACUUUGCCAAUUAAGACUAUGCAUGAUUUUUAUCUAGGUGUUUUGAAAUUGUACAGAAAGUAUCAAAAAUUGCUGUUACAUGAUAUGUGAAUCAAAGAUUAGAGACAUGAUCAUUUUAAUGUGUAUAUUUGAUCUUGUAUACUUGCAGUAAACCCAGCCAGUAUGAUUGGGACAGGUUUCUCUAAUAAUGGUUACUUUUUCUUACAAGUUAAGGUCAAUUUCAACUCCUAUAAGCCAUAUAGUUUUGAAAAACAACAUUACCCCUUCAUUGUGAACCAGUCUAGAAGAAAGAUAUUUAUUUUUGUAUGCAAAAACAACACUUUCAGAAUUUCUUUGUGCAAGGACUUAUCAGAUAUAAUUGACAUGGCACAAACCAUUUGGUAAAAAUUUGGAAAAUUCAAGAAAUAAUUACAUUGAAAUCAAGGGGGAGUGGGCAUCUUUGGUCUUCACUAUAUGAGUUGUGAGCAUCACAGCUGAUUUUGUUACAAUAAUUAUUUGAUUUUGUUAUGGAUAUAUAUUUUGUUGUUGGGUUCUAGUUGUGCUAUUAUUUAUUUAUGCUUUUUUUGCAAUGAUGGUAGUUUAGUAGAUACAAGGCUACGCAGAACCUUUUAAGAUAUCAGUCUCUUGCUUGUUGAUUGGCUGCCUGUAAUAAAUACAAGGAAUCUGAUUGGCUACUUCACUGCCAUACUUGGUUUCUGGCAUUUUUACUGGUUAUUUUUCUGUUUGAAUUUGUAAAACUUGAUUGGCUGCCUUUUUGACUUACUUGAAAUCAGUUUCAUGUAUUUUGAUUGGUUAAUGUCAGGUCAGUUUAUGAAAUCUGAUUGGCAGACUUUUUGACAGUCUUGAAAAUCAUUUGUUCUCACGUUAGAAAACUUUAUACUUGUUCCAUAUGGCUAUUUUUACAAUAUAACCCAAUAUGUGCACCAUAUAACAUUUUUAAUCUAUUAAAGUAAUAUUUAGCUAGAGACUGGUAUUUUAGAUAUGAUUUUAUUGUCUUGUAGUCUUUCUGCUUCAUCUAGUUUUGUUUGAAUUUUGACUACAUAUUUCUUAACUUAUAUAUGAAAGAAUUGAAACAUUGCUUUAUAUAUGUAAUCUUACAAUCGGAAACCUAUGGUACUGGAAAGCAUGGUAAUGUUUCAUAAUGGUUACUUUCCAGAGUAGAUAUUUAACUUUACAAAGAUAUUACAUGCCUGCUUGUGUAAGACAGGGUUCUACUAGCCUGUGGUACAGUGCAGAAUGAGAAACUGAAGGUUUGCAGUGUAUCUUGUCCUUACUGUUCCAGGUGUGGGGAAAAUGCUGUUAUUUACAGGCAGACGCGUGAGAUCUUCUUUUUAGCUCACCUGAGCAAUGCUCAGGUGAGUUUUUCUGAUCGCUCGAUGUCCGGCGUCCGGCGUCCGUCGUCUGUCGUCCGUCGUCUGUCAACAUUUAGCUUGUGUAUGCGAUAGAGGCUGUAUUUUUCAAUUAAUCUUCAUGAAUAUUGGUCAGAAUGAUAACCUUGAUGAAAUCUAGGCCGAGUUCGAAAAUGGGUCAUCUCGGGUCAAAAACUAGGUCACUAGGUCAAAUCAAAGAAAAACCUUGUGUAUGCGAUAGAGGCUGUAUUUUUCAUUUAAUCUUCAUGAAUUUUGGUCAGAAUGAUAACUUUGAUGAAAUCUAGGCCGAGUUCGAAAAUGGGUCAUCUCGGGUCAAAAACUAGGUCACUAGGUCAAAUCAAAGAAAAACCUUGUGUAUGCGAUAGAGGCGGUAUUUUUCAAUUAAUCUUCAUGAAUAUUGGUCAAAAUGAUAACCUUGAUGAAAUCUAAGCCGAGUUGGAAAAUGGGUCAUCUCGGGUCAAAAACUAGGUCACUAGGUCAAAUCAAAGAAAAACCUUGUGUAUGCGAUAGAGGCUGUAUUUUUCAAUUCUUCUUCAUGAAUAUUGGUCAGAAUGAUAACCUUGAUGAAAUCUAGGCCGAGUUUGAAAAUGGGUCAUCUCGGGUCAAAAACUAGGUCACUAGGUCAAAUCAAAGAAAAACCUUGUGUAUGCGAUAGAGGCUGUAUUUUUCAAUUGAUCUUCAUGAAUUUUGGUCAGAAUGAUUGCCUUGAUGAAAUCUAGGCCGAGUUCGAAAAUGGGUCAUCUCGGGUCAAAAACUAGGUCACUAGGUCAAAUCAAAGAAAAACCUUGUGUAUGCGAUAGAGGCGGUAUUUUUCAAUUGAUCUUCAUGAAUUUUGGUCAGAAUGAUUACCUUGAUGAAAUUUAGACCAAGUUCGAAAAUAGGUCAGCUGGGGUCAAAAACUAGGUCACUAGGUCAUAUCACGUAAAAACCUUGUGUAUGCGAUAGAGGCUGUAUUUUUCAAUUGAUCUUCAUGAAUUUUGGUCAGAAUGAUUACCUUGAUGAAAUUUAGACCAAGUUCAAAAUAGGUCAUCUGGGGUCAAAAACUAGGUCACUAGGUCAAAUCAAAGAAAAACCUUGUGUAUGCAGUAGAGGCUGUAUUUUUCAACUGAUCUUCAUGAAAUUUAGCCAGAAUGAUUACCUUGAUAAAAUCUAGGCCGUGUUCGAAAAUGGGUCAUCUCGGGUCAAAAACUAGGUCACUAGGUCAAAUCGAAGAAAAACAUUGUGUAUGCAAUAGAGGAUGUAUUUUUCAAUUGAUCUGUAUGAAAUUUGGUCAGAAUGAUUGUCUUGAUGAAAUCUAGGUCGAUUUUGAAUAUGGGUUAUCUGAGGUCAAAAACUAGGUCACUAGGUCAAAUUAAAGAAAAAUCUUGUGUAUGCGAUAGAGACUGUUUUUUUCAAUUGAUUUUUAUGAAAUUUGGUCAGGUUGAUUGCCUUAAUGAAAUCUAGGUUGAAUUUUGAAUAUGGGUCAUCUGAGGUCAAAAACUAGGUCACUUGGUCAAAUCAAAGAAAAAACUUCUGUAUGUGAUAGAGGCUGUAUUUUUCAGUUGAUCUUCAUGAAUUUUGGUCAGAAUGAUUGCCUUGAUAAAAUCUAGGUCGAGUUUGAACAUGGGUCAUCUAGGGUCAAAAACUAGGUCAUAUCUAAGAAAAUGCUUGUUUUAUCGCAAGAGACUAAUUUUUUGGUCCAAUCUUAAUGAAAAUUGGUCAGAAUAUUUGUUUCCUUGAAAUCACUAGGUUAAACAUGUUUUACACUGUUAUGGAGUGUUUCUUAGGUGAGCGACCUAGGGCCAUCUUGGCCCUCUUGUUUUUUGCCUAUCAGGUUAAAAAUAGAUCAGUAAGGAAAUCGGUUUGGGUAUUUCCUGGAUGACUAGUAGGAUAAUGUCACUUAAAUUCAUACCAUUUUAGAAAAGGAAAGACAGUAAUAUCUAUCCCUGGCAAGAAUUAAUAAGCUUAUAAUAUAUACCUGUUGGAGAGAUUCAGUUAAAUUAUGCUCUGACAAUUUUUUUUUAUGGUACAUCAGCAACUUUAGAAGCUGUUAUUCAUUUUAACAGAUAGAAGACAAAGAUAUAGACUAAGUUUAAUAUAUUUCUUCAAGAAGAAUGCAUGUACCUGAUACUUCUUACCAAUAGGCGACCAAGUAAAUCUAAAAUUUGAGAACUGGGAAAUGCUACUUCAUUUUGAGUCUAUGUUUGGUGGAACUUUCUUUCUAUCAAAAUUUUUUAACAAAAAGUAUGAAUUUAGUGAUGUUUAUAUUUGCAGUUGCUGCAAAAACUCUAAUAAUUUGUUUAGACAGUGUAAUUAUGUAAUAUAACAGUUGUAUACUCUCAUACCAUCUGUUAAUAUACAUUCAUUUUUGCAUAUCAUAGGAAGUCUAUUGUGAUGACAGUGUUUUUGUACAGAGUUAUGAGUGAUUUCUUUAUUGUUCAUGGAGAAGGUUUUUGUUAUUGAUAAUGAUGUGCAUCUAUGCAGCAGUUUUAAGUGGGUCUACAAGAUUUGUCGAAAAGAAAACUUUGACUCAGAUAUAUCUGUUACAGUGUCAGUAUUGAGGGAGAAAUGUUCCAUGAUCAGUGUCGGGUAAAUGAGGUUUCAUAUUUUGUUACUGUAUGGAGAGAUAGGUUGUUAUGCAUGUUCAGAUCAAGAUUUUUUCUAUAAUUUGAUAAAACCUAAGGGUAUUAUUAUUAAAUUCUGCAAAUUGUAAAGGGUCAUAUACAUGUACUUGAAUUUUUUUGCUGGAUUGGUUUGAAAAAUUUGGACCUCAUACAAGUUUUUGUGAUGAAAGUCUAGAGAAAACACAAUUUCUAUGACACUUUUGCAAAUAGAGUUGUAUGUAGAGACAGAUAUUAGAAGACAAACAAAGCUGCUGUUAAAAUGAUAAUGAACUGAUCCAUUUUAAAAAGAGAAAAAGAAACAUCUUUUCUAAAAUGGUGAAUCACUUUAUCAUUAACCACAGUUUGAUCAGCUAGAUUCCUUGAUAUCUCUUUCAAUAUAAAAAGUACUUAUCAAAGUAUCUUGUUAAAUUUGGAUUUAUUGUUAAGAGGCAAUUUUGAUUGGUAAAUUUCAGCAGAUUUUGACACCAGAAUGUUUAAAGAAAUCGAUUUUAACUUUAAGUGAGAAUGGUUUGUUAUAAAACUUGUAUCUUAGCAAGAAAGCAAUAUUUCCGUGAAAGCAAUUUGUAAAAUUAUUUGAAAUUGUUCUUUUGCCAGAUUGUUGCAAUGAGAAAUUAUAUUUUUUACCAAAAGUCAACAUUAUUAAGGAUAUUUAAACAAAAACAAAAAAAAAAACAACAAAAAAAGAAACAAAAAAAAAACCCAAAAGAUCCUACUACUGCCUCAGCAUGUAGUUUAUAUCUGGUUCUUGCAGAAUCAUGAAAAGUGGUGUUACAGACUAGGUUGAUGAAACAUAAAUGGUUACCUUUGAAACAUCAUUGUCACAGUGUUAGGUCGAAUAUAUCAGGGGUUUUUAUGUUACUUUUUUUAAUUAUUGAAUAGUAUUCUAAAAACCCUUGUAUUUUUUUUUUCAUUGUUGUAUCUUACUGGACAUUUGAAACGAAAGGUUCUUUUUAGAAAAGAAAUGGCACCGUGUAUUAGACAGUAUGUAAUUCCUGGCAAUCUAGAUAGACAAUGCUUAUAUUUUAGAAACAUAGUGAUAACCAUUAAGUUUAAAUAGUUGUCCCAUGUUGGCAAUAGGGAAUUCCUAUGUGAUAACAUUUUCUAAUACAAUUCUUGCAUUCUUGGACCAGAAGCUAAUUCAAGCGCACGUCUUUUCCUAACAAUCACAAAUGGCGGAAAUUGCGUGUGGAGAGUAUGUUAGCAAAUCAUUUAUUGAUUGUUAUUACAUGUCUUCUUUCUUAAAAUUUGUGAAGGUCAGUAAUGUUAUCUUUGUACAAUUGUUUCAUUUGUAUGAAUAAUAGUGAUACGGUAGUGCCAUAGUACCGGUAUAUAAAUCUUCUUUCUUCCAAAAAAUAUACUCUUUUUGAAAGGGGUGCCUUUUAGUACUUGAUUUUAUUUCAGUCAAUGGCAGUUUUUGAUUAAAACAAUGAAUGUGGUUAAAGAUAUUUUUCUUGAAUUCUUUAAGUAAAGCUGAUAUAUAUAUAUAAAGGUGGAUGACGUAAAGCAAAUUUGAAUGUUGCUGUUAAAAAUAGCUUGUUUUUUUAUGCCCCCAAAGGGAGGCAUAUAGUUUUUGAACCGUCUGUCCGUCUGUCAGUCUGUUGGUCUGUCAGUCUGUCCGCAAUUUUCGUGUCCGGUCCAUAUCUUUGUCAUCGAUGGAUGGAUUUUCAAAUAACUUGGCAUGAAUGUGUUCCACAGUAAGACGACGUGUCGCGCGCAAGACCCAGGUCCGUAGCUCAAAGGUCAAGGUCACACUUAGACAUUAAAGGAGAGUGCAUUGAUGGGCGUGUCCGGUCCAUAUCUUUGUCAUCGAUGGAUGGAUUUUCAAAUAACUUGGCAUGAAUGUGUACCACAGUAAGACGACGUGUCGCGCGCAAGACCCAGGUCCGUAGCUCAAAGGUCAAGGUCACACUUAGACAUUAAAGGAUAGUGCAUUGAUGGGCGUGUCCGGUCCAUAUCUUUGUCAUCGAUGGAUGGAUUUUCAAAUAACUUGGCAUGAAUGUGUACCACAGUAAGACGACGUGUCGCGCGCAAGACCCAGGUCCGUAGCUCAAAGGUCAAGGUCACACUUAGACAUUAAAGGAUAGUGCAUUGAUGGGCGUGUCCGGUCCAUAUCUUUGUCAUCGAUGGAUGGAUUUUCAAAUAACUUGGCAUGAAUGUGUACCACAGUAAGACGACGUGUCGCACGCAAGACCCAGGUCCGUAGCUCAAAGGUCAAGGUCACACUUAGACGUUAAAGGUCAUUUUUCAUGAUAGUGCAUUGAUGGGCGUGUCCGGUCCAUAUCUUUGUCAUUCAUGCAUGGAUUUUAAAAUAACUACGCAUGAAUGUGUGGCACAGUAAGACGACGUGUCGCGCGCAAGACCCAGCUCCGUAGGUCAAAGGUCCUAAACUCUAACAUCGGCCAUAAUUACUCAUUCAAAGUGCCAUCGGGGGCAUAUGUCAUCCUAUGGAGACAGCUCUUGUUUGUAUCAAAAAAUGUCUUUUAAAUUGUUUCCUUGUCAUUUUUAGCUCACCUGUCACAAAGUGACAAGGUGAGCUUUUGUGAUCCCGCAGUGUCCGUCGUCCGUGCGUCCGUCCGUAAACUUUUUGCUUGUGACCACUCUAGAGGUCACAUUUUUCAUGGGAUCUUUAUGAAAAUUGGUCAGAAUGUUCAUCUUGAUGAUAUCUAGGUCAAGUUCGAAACUGGGUCACGUGCGGUCAAAAACUAGGUCAGUAGGUCUAAAAAUAGAAAAACAUUGUGACCACUCUAGAGGUCACAUUUUUCAUGGGAUCUUCAUGAAAGUUGGUCAGAAUGUUCAUCUUGAUGAUAUCUAGGUCAAGUUCGAAACUGGGUCACGUGCGGUCAAAAACUAGGUCAGUAGGUCUAAAAAUAGAAAAACCUUGUGACCACUCUAGAGGUCACAUUUUUCAUGGGAUCUUUAUGAAAGUUGGUCAGAAUGUUUAUCUUGAUGAUAUCUAGGUCAAGUUCGAAACUGGGUCACGUGCCUUCAAAAACUAGGUCAGUAGGUCUAAAAAUAGAAAAACCUUGUGACCUCUCUAGAGGCCAUAUAUUUCAAAAGAUCUUCAUGAAAAUUGGUCAGAACGUUCACCUUGAUGAUAUCUAGGCCAAGUUCAAAACUGGGUCAUGUGCCGUCAAAAACUAGGUCAGUAGGUCAAAUAAUAGAAAAACCUUGUGACCUCUCUAAAGGCCAUAUUUUUCAUGGGAUCUGUAUGAAAGUUGGUCUGAAUGUUCAUCUUGAUGAUAUCUAGGUCAAGUUCGAAACUGGGUCACGUGCUGUCAAAAACUAGGUCAGUAGGUCUAAAAAUAGAAAAACCUUGUGACCUCUCUAGAGGCCAUAUAUUUCAUGACAUCUUCAUGAAAAUUGGUCAGAACGUUCACCUUGUUGAUAUCUAGGUCAAGUUCGAAAGUGGGUCACGUGCCGUCAAAAACUAGGUCAGUAGGUCAAAUAAUAGAAAAACCAUGUGACCACUCUAGAGGCCAUAUUUUUCAUGGGAUCUGUAUGAAAGUUAAUCUGAAUGUUCAUCUUGAUGAUAUCUAGAUCAAGUUCGAAAGUGGGUCACGUGCCGUCAAAAACUAGGUCAGUAGGUCAGAUAAUAGAAAAACCUUGUGACCUCUCUAAAGGCCAUAUUUUUCAUUGGAUCUGUAUGAAAAUUGGUCUGAAUGUUCAUCUUGAUAAUAUCUAGGUCAAGUUCGAAACAGGGUCAUGUGUGGCCAAAAACUAGGUCAGUAGGUCUAAAACUAGAAAAACCUUGUGACCUCUCUAGAGGCCAUACUUAUGAAUGGAUCUCCAUAAAAAUUGGUCAGAAUGUUCACCUUGAUGUUAUCUAGUUCAAGUUUGAAACUGGGUCACGUGCCAUAAAAACUAGGUCAGUAGGUCAAAUAAUAAUAAAACCUUGUGACCUCUCUAGAGGCCAUACUUUAAAUGGGAUCUGUAUGAAAGUUGGUCUGAAUGUUCAUCUUGAUGAUAUCUAGCAAGUCAAGUUUGAAACUGAAUCAACUGCGGUCAAAAACUAGGUCAGUAGGUCUAAAAUUAUUAAAAUCUUUUGACCUCUCUAGAGGCCAUAUUUUUCAAUGGAUCAUCAUGAAAAUUGAUCUGAAUGUUCACCUUGAUGAUAUCUAGGUCAGUUUCGAAACUGGGUCAUGUGCGGUCAAAAACUAGGCCAGUAGGUAUAAAAAUAGAAAAACCUUGUGACCUCUCUAGAGGCCAUAUUUUUAAUGAGAUCUUCAUGAAAAUUAGUGAGAAUGUUCACCUUGAUGAUAUCUAGGUAAAGUUCAAAACAGGGUCACGUACCUUCGAAAACUAGGUCAAUAGGUGAAAUAAUAGAAAAACCUAGAGACCAUAUUUUUCAAUGGAUCUUCAUGAAAAUUGGUCAGAAUUAUUAUCUUGAUAGUAUCUAGGUCAAGCUCAAAACUGGGUCACAUGAGCUCAAAAACUAGGUCACUAUGUCAAAUAAUAGAAAAAACGAUGUCAUACUCAAAACUGGGUCAUGUGGGAAGAGGUGAGCGAUUCAGGACCAUCAUGGUCCUCUUGUUUGUUGGUGUGUGGGGGGGGGGGCGUGUCUAAGAAGACAGUCUAAGAAGCAAGUUGUUUUUAAGGUGUACAUGUCUUACUAGUAUUUGGAUUUCUGUCAAUGUAAUGUGACAUUCUUAUAUAUUAAAGAAAUUGUUUGAAAUGGUUUUAGGUUUUAGUCAACUGUUAAUUUUUGUACCAGUAUGAUUUUAAGGACCUGUACUUCUCCACUGGAAUACUUGAAACAUCAGUACAUGAUUUGUUAUGUUUUUGGACACUUUUCUUUUGUAAGAGACAAAUUGAUUGGCUUAUUUUUUCUUAUAUUUGAAUAGAAUCAUCUGAAGUAGCUUACUUUUAAAGGAAAUUGGUACAUUUAUACUUAAACAUUAUUUUGUGAAUGCAUCUUGAUACUAUAAAACUCAAUGCAAGAAGAUGUUACAAAAGGGGCCUUCUUUCUACUUGGAAAAACUACAGACAUGGAAAAAUCUCUGACCUGAUUGAUCAAUGCCAACUCGUUAAGAUAAUUUGGGUUAUCAGUAGUGUAAUGUUUUACUCUUUGAGGAUUUAAUUUCCACAUUAUUGAACAUAAAUGAACGUAAUAUUUACAUUUUGUAUCGGACUUGCGUAAAUGACUUAUAUUUAAUUACAUUAUGUAGAAGAAGUAUAUAUUUAGAUCAGCUGUCUUUUUUAAACAUACCUGUCCUAGAAAAGGGCAAUUGUUGUGUUGCUUGUGUACUUUCAAGCAAGUGAGAGAUUUUGCCAUGAUGUUUUGCACAUUGUUAAUUUGUGUGAAAAAGGAUUCUUAUAUAUGCAAAUAUUUUGUGUUGACGUAUGGAUUGAAUGACCCUAGAUGGGAAUUGUUGUAAUAAAUAUAAAAUGUAUACAUUUCUAUUUUGCAUAAAAAUUAAAAAAAAGAAAAUAUUGUAAA